GUAAUUCCUCUGCAUGCAACUCUCUCUCUCUCUCUCUCUCUGCAGAGUCCAAACAAAAACAAGUCAAAACAAUUCACACUUAGAGAGAGUACAGCAAAGGCAGGGAGAGCGCAAAAACAAGUCAAAACAAUUCACACUUAGAGAGAGUACAGCAAAGGCAGGGAGAGCGGGCUGUAGAGAGAGAGAGAGAGAGAGAGACCCAUUUUCGUGUUUCCUCUUUUUAAAAGCAGAGAGGCGAGGUAAAGGCAAAACUUUGGAAUUUAUCAGCAUAGGUUGAGGUAACAGUUAAAGAAAUAUGGAUGAAAAUUCUCAAUCAAGCAUUUUUGAUGGGGAGAUAACUGGAAUCAGAUUUGGUUUGGCAACUCAGAAGGAAAUUUGUACAGCAUCCAUCAGUGAUUGCCCUAUCAGCCAUUCCAGUCAGCUGACUAAUCCCUUCCUUGGUUUGCCACUUGAAUUUGGCAAAUGUGAAUCUUGUGGCACUUCUGAACCAGGAAAAUGUGAAGGUCAUUUUGGAUUCAUCCACUUGCCAAUUCCUAUAUAUCAUCCUAGCCAUAUUAGUGAGUUGAAGCGAAUGCUGAGCUUGAUAUGUUUGAAGUGCUUAAAGUUAAAAAGGAACAAGAUUCAAAUCAAGAGUAAUGGUGUGGCUGAACGGUUGCUUUCAUGCUGUGAGGAGUGUGCACAAAUUUCUAUUAGAGAGGUUAAGAAUACAGAUGGCGCUUGUUUCUUAGAACUAAAGCUGCCUUCUAGGUCCAGACUAAGGGAUGGUUGCUGGAAUUUCCUAGAAAGAUAUGGUUUUCGCUAUGGUGAUGACUUUACACGACCAUUGCUCCCCUGUGAGGUCAUGCAAAUUCUGAAGAGAAUUCCUGCGGAGACUAGAAAAAAGCUAAGUGGAAAAGGAUAUUUCCCCCAGGAUGGUUAUAUCCUACAACAGUUACCUGUCCCUCCAAACUGUCUAUCAGUUCCAGUUGUUUCAGAUGGAAUUACUGUCAUGUCUUCAGAUCUCUCUAUAUCCAUGCUUAAGAAAGUUCUUAAGCAAGCUGAAGUGAUCAGAAGCUCACGGUCAGGUGCACCAAAUUUUGAUGCACACAAAGAUGAAGCUACUUCCUUGCAAUCAAUGGUCGAUCAGUAUCUUCAAGUUAGGGGCACAACGAAGACAUCCCGUGAUGUAGAUACUCGUUAUGGGGUAAAAAAGGAAUCCAGCGAAUCCACAACCAAAGCAUGGCUUGAAAAGAUGAGGACUCUGUUUAUAAGAAAAGGCUCUGGAUUCUCUUCUCGCAGUGUCAUAACUGGAGAUGCGUACACACUAGUGAACCAAGUUGGGAUCCCCUAUGAGAUUGCUCAAAGAAUUACAUUCGAGGAGAGGGUCAGUGUGCAUAACAUGAGAUAUCUACAAGAGCUUGUGGAUAACAAAUUGUGCCUGACAUACAAGGAUGGUUCUUCCACCUACUCUCUAAGGGAAGGUUCCAAGGGUCAUACUUUUCUUCGACCUGGGCAAGUUGUUCAUAGGCGGAUUAUGGAUGGAGACAUUGUCUUUAUUAAUAGACCACCGACAACUCACAAACAUUCAUUGCAAGCACUUUCAGUGUAUGUUCAUGAUGAUCAUGCAGUUAAGAUUAAUCCUCUGAUAUGUGGGCCUUUAAGUGCUGAUUUUGAUGGUGAUUGCGUUCACCUAUUCUAUCCUCAGUCCCUUGCUGCGAAAGCUGAAGUCUUGGAGCUUUUCUCAGUGGAGAAACAAUUGCUUAGCUCCCAUAGUGGCAAUCUGAAUUUACAGCUGACAACAGAUUCGCUUUUGUCAUUGAAGAUGAUGUUCAAGGCCUGCUUUUUGGGCAAAUCAGCUGCUCAGCAACUAGCAAUGUUUAUAUCACCUUAUUUGCCACAACCAGCUUUGUUGAAGGUCAACUGUUUUUUCCCACACUGGACUGCACAUCAGAUUCUCCAGAUGGCUUUACCAGCAUGCUUCAACUGCUCUGGAGAGAGAUUCUUGAUCAUCAACAGUAAUUUUUUGAAGGUUGAUUUCAACAGGGAUGUUGUGGCAUCAGUAAUUAAUGAAAUUCUGAUCUCAAUGUUCUUUGAGAAGGGUUCUGGUGCAGUGCUCAAGUUCUUUAACUCCUUGCAGCCCAUGCUGAUGGAAAAUUUGUUCUCUGAAGGCUUCAGUGUUAGUUUGGAAGAUUUCUCCAUCUCUCGGGCAGUCAAACAAAGGAUCCCAGAAAGUUUCAAGGCCAUUUCUCCCUUGCUUUGUAAUUUAAGAUCCACCUUCAAUGAACUGGUUGAGUUGCAAGUGGAGAAUCACAUCCGGGAUGUGAAACAGCCAGUUAGAGAAUUCAUUUUAACUUCCUCUGCCUUGGGUUAUUUGAUUGACUCUAAGAGCGAUGCAGCUGUUACUAAGGUUGUUCAGCAAAUUGGCUUCUUGGGCUUGCAAGUUUCUGAUAGGGGAAAACUUUACUCGAAAACUCUUGUUGAAGAUUUGGCCUCCCAUUUUCUGAGCAAAUAUCCUGCCAAUUUGUUUGAUUAUCCUUCUGCCCAGUAUGGCUUGAUUCAAAACAGUUUUUUUCAUGGGUUGGAUGCAUAUGAGGAGAUGGCUCAUUCCAUUUCUACGAGAGAAGUCAUUGUGCGCUCAUCUAGAGGAUUGUCUGAGCCAGGAACAUUGUUCAAAAACCUAAUGGCCAUCCUCCGGGAUGUGGUAAUUUGCUAUGAUGGCACUGUAAGAAAUGUCAGCAGCAACUCAAUCAUCCAAUUCGAGUAUGGUGUGAAGGUGGGAACUGAGUCCCAAAGUUUAUUCCCAGCUGGUGAACCUGUUGGCGUCUUAGCUGCCACUGCAAUGUCCAAUCCUGCAUAUAAGGCUGUUCUUGAUUCUACUCCAAGUAGCAAUUGCUCUUGGGAUAUGAUGAAGGAAAUACUUCUUUGCAAAGUUGGUUUCAAGAAUGACCUAGCUGAUCGACGUGUGAUUUUAUACCUGAAUGACUGUGGCUGUGGUAGAAAUUAUUGCCAAGAAAGAGCAGCAUAUUUGGUCAAGAAUCACUUGGAAAAAGUCAGUCUUAAAGAUAUUGCCAAGUGUUUUAUGAUUGAAUACAAGAGUCAACAGAUACCAGAAAGUUUUGGAAGUGAUGCAGGCCUUGUUGGUCAUGUUCAUCUUGAUAAGAGGAAGUUGCAAGAUUUGAACAUUACUGCUCAGGUGAUUCUUGAGAAGUGCCAAGAGACUGUCAACACAUUUCGAAAGAAGAAAAAAGUUGGCAAUCUUUUUAAGAAGACAAUUUUGUUGGUCAGUGAAAGUUGCUCUUUCCAGCAAUGUAUAGAUGAAUCACCAUGCUUGAUGUUCUUCUGGCAAGGUGCCGAUGAUGUUCAUUUGGAGAGGACUUCAAACAUUCUUGCUGACAUGAUUUGCCCAGUUCUGCUGGAAACAAUCAUCAAAGGUGACCAUCGAAUUUCCUGUGCAAAUAUAAUUUGGGCAACUCCAGAGACAAAUACUUGGAUAAGAAACCCAUCCAGGACUCAAAAGGGGGAGUUGGCUUUGGAUAUUGUUCUGGAGAAAUCUGUUGUUAAGAAAAGUGGAGAUGCUUGGAGAAUAGUCUUGGACUCAUGUCUUCCAGUUCUUCAUUUAAUCAACACCACACGUUCAAUUCCUUAUGCGAUUAAACAAGUUCAGGAAUUGUUGGGAGUUUCCUGUGCAUUUGACACAGCAGUUCAGCGCCUCUCAAAAUCAGUGACCAUGGUGGCAAAGGGUGUUCUGAAAGAGCAUCUCAUUUUACUCGGGAACAGUAUGACAUGUGCUGGAAGCUUGAUUGGCUUCUACACUGGAGGUUAUAAAACAUUGUCUCGAUCAUUGGAUAUCCAAGUGCCAUUUACUGAGGCCACACUCUUUACACCGAGAAAAUGUUUUGAAAAGGCUGCAGAGAAGUGCCACACUGAUUCUUUAUCAAGUAUAGUUGCUUCUUGUGCAUGGGGCAAACAUGUUACUGUUGGAACAGGUUCACACUUUGAUGUCCUGUGGGACACAAAAGAGGCAUGCUUGAAUCCAGAGGGCAGCAUGGAUGUAUACAGUUUUCUAAAUAUGGUGAGAAGUACUGCAGGUGGAGAAGAGUCAGUUACUGCUUGUUUAGGUGCUGAAGUUGAUGAUCUUAUGCUGGAAGAUGAAGACUGGAACCUGUCACCUGAGCAUAACUCUAGUUCUGAUAAGCCUACCUUUGAAGACAGUGCUGAAUUUCAAGACUUUUUAGGCAAUCAACCUGCUGAAUCGAACUGGGAAAAGAUUUCAUCUUUAAAGGAUCGGUCUAGAAGCUCUGGAAAUUGGGAUGUUGAUAAAAAUGAUGGAGCUGUUAAGGAAAAACCUUGGAGUUUGGGAAUGAAUACAGCCGAGGCAAAUGAUGUUGCUUCUAGUGGCUGGGACACAGCAGCUGCCAGGACGACAAAUAACUCCUGGAAUUCAGAGAAUAAUGUAGCUCAGUCCAAUUCCUUUUCUGGUUGGGCAACAAAAAAACCUGAACCCCACAAUGGCUUUGCAACAAAAGUUCAAGAAGAACCUACCACGUCCAAUGAUUGGGAUGCUGGUGCUGCCUGGGGGAGAAAGGACAGAGACAACAAGUUUGCUGAGACAAAUGCAUCAAAGUCUUGGUGGGGGAAGGUAACAGAUGGUGAUGAACCUGGACAAAACAAAAGCAAAAACAAACGUCCAGAAGACCAAGAUGUAGGGACACAUGGUUGGGAUGAUAAGAUGUCUCAGGACCAGUCGAUAUCUGGUUGGGCUUCUAAAACUACCCAGGAGGCUACCACUGAAUCCCUCGGUUGGGAUAGCAAGGGCAAUUCAAAUCCGGGAGAUGCAGCAUGUGGUUGGAAGGCAGCAUCCACUUGGGGGGCAGAAAAUACUGAUGGUGAUAAACUUUGGGGUAAAGAGGUGUCUUCUAAUCAGGCAGACACAGCCUCUGGUUGGGGGAAACCUAAGUCACCAGAAAUUUCACUAGGCUGGGGCUCGACCAAAGAGUCAGUUAAGUCAGAUCGUGGAUGGGGGGUGUCGAGUUCUGGAGGUGGCAGGGAUAAAAAGACUGAAAACCAAUCUCUGGCUGGCCAAGGGAAAGAGUCAGGUGGUUGGGGUAACAAGGUGACUUCGAAUCAGGCAGACACAGCCAGUGGUUGGGGGAAACCAAAGUCAUCAGAAAAUUCACAAGGCUGGGGCUUGUCCAAAGAGUCUGGUAAGGAAGUUCAUGAAUGGGGGGUUCCAAAUUCUGCAGGUGGCAACGGAAGUGAAACAAAUAACAAUAAUGAAAACCAAUCUCUGGUGGAGCAAGGGAAAGAGUCAGGUUGGGAUAACAAGGCAUCUUCAAAUCAGGAAGGCACGGCCUCUGGUUGGGGGAAACCAAAGUCACCAGCACUUUCAGAAGGCUGGGGCUCACCCAGAGAGCCAGUUAAGGCAGUUCAUGGAUGGGGGGUGCCAAAUUCUGGAGGUGGCAAUGGUAGUGGAAGGGAUCAGCAAUGGGGUCAGCAGAGUAGAGAGUUCAAGAAAGACCGCUUUGAAGGUUCUCGAGGUUGGGGAUCGAAUAAUGGAGAUUGGAAAAAUAAGAGGAACCGCCCUUCUAAACCGCAUGAGGAUUUAAAUGCCAGUGGAAUAUUUACCACAACCAGGCAGCGGUUAGAUGUAUUCACUUCUCAAGAGCAGGAUAUCCUCUCUGAUAUUGAGCCAUUGAUGCUUUCUAUUAGAAGGAUAAUGCAUCAAACUGGGUACAACGAUGGGGAUCCAUUAUCUGCCGAUGAUCAGUCUUAUGUGCUUGAUAAUGUCUUUCAUUAUCAUCCAGACAAAGCAGUGAAGAUGGGUGCUGGAAUUGAUCAUGUCACGGUUAGCAGGCACAGCAAUUUCCAGGAGAGCAGGUGCUUCUACAUUGUCUCAACUGAUGGCUGCAAACAAGAUUUUUCAUACCGCAAAUGUCUGGAGAAUUUUAUCAAGGGAAAAUAUCCAGACUUGGCUGAUGAAUUCAUUGCAAAGUAUUUUGCAAGAAGAGGCAAUCGGCAGCGCACCCCAGCUCCCGAGGGAACCGAGGAGGAGAAACAGGCCUUGUGAUGUCUGAUUAUGAGGGUUGUAUAAACAUAUCGAGUUAUCAGCUCCUUUGAUUUGUAUAUAUAAAGCAAGUCUUUCUGGUAUACUUUCCUUGAAGCAAAUUGUAGUUAAAGGCAUGCUUUCUUGUGAACUGCCCCUUUUUUCUCUUACAGGCAGUUCUUGUAAGUAAGAUAGUGAUAUGAAUAGCAAUGUUUUCAAAAUUUGCAACAAA